AUGUGCUGCAGACCUCAGACCUGCAGACCUCAGACCUGCAGACCUCAGACCUGCAGACCUGCAGACCUCAGACCUGCAGACCUCAGACCUGCAGACCUGCAGACCUCAGACCUGCAGACCUCAGACCUGCAGACCUGCAGACCUCAGACCUGCAGACCUCAGACCUGCAGACCUCAGACCUCAGACCUGCAGACCUCAGACCUGCAGACCUCAGACCUCAGACCUGCAGACCUCAGACCUGCAGACCUCAGACCUGCAGACCUCAGACCUGCAGACCUCAGACCUCAGACCUGCAGACCUCAGACCUGCAGACCUCAGACCUGCAGACCUGCAGACCUCAGACCUGCAGACCUCAGACCUGCAGACCUGCAGACCUCAGACCUGCAGACCUCAGACCUGCAGACCUGCAGACCUCAGACCUGCAGACCUCAGACCUGCAGACCUCAGACCUCAGACCUGCAGACCUCAGACCUGCAGACCUCAGACCUCAGACCUGCAGACCUCAGACCUGCAGACCUCAGACCUGCAGACCUCAGACCUGCAGACCUCAGACCUCAGACCUGCAGACCUCAGACCUGCAGACCUCAGACCUGCAGACCUCAGACCUCAGACCUGCAGACCUCAGACCUGCAGACCUGCAGACCUCAGACCUCAGACCUGCAGACCUGCAGACCUCAGACCUGCAGACCUCAGACCUCAGACCUCAGACCUGCAGACCAGGUGCUCCUGGUCCGUGUGCUCCUGGUCCCUGUGCUCCUGGUCCCUGUGCUCCUGGUCCUUGUGCUCCUGGUCCGUGUGCUCCUGGUCCCUGUGCUCCUGGUCCCUGUGCUCCUGGUCUGUGAGCUCUAUGAUUGA